AGAUUGACUAGUAUUAACAACUAAAUGGACCUUAGAUAAGCAUAGAAUUGGAUUGAAGGAGAGAGUCGUCCCUUUGCUUUGAGUUGGAACAAAUCCAUGGCUCCAUCUCUCACCUCCAAUUCCUUUCUCUUAACCACCACGCCCCGCUCAAGGGUAAACCUCAAGUACCAAAGGCUCGCAGUGUUUGCCAAAGGGUCCGGUCCCUUCUCUCCAUUUCAGUUCGGGAAAGCUAAAGACAACCCUGAAGAUGGUCAAGCUGAAGAUACAGGCAAUUCUAGUCCUUUCCGCUUCGAUUUUGGUAAGUUACCUGAUGUUAAGACUUUGGUCCCCGUCGUCAGUAACCCUUCCUCGGGUUUAUCGUUUGGGAACGUUAGAAGAAAAGACCCAAGCACUGUAUUUGUGGCUGGCGCAACCGGCCAGGCCGGCAUUCGCAUUGCGCAGACGUUAUUGCGCCAGGGUUUCACCGUUCGUGCUGGUGUGACUGAGCUUGCUGCUGCCCAGGAGCUGGCCCGUCUUGCUGCCCAAUACAAGAUCAUAUCCAAUGAAGAAUCAAAGCGUCUCAAUGCUGUAGAAUCCACCUUCCAGGAUGCAGAAUCAAUAGCCAAAGCAAUUGGCAAUGCCAGCAAAGUAGUCGUCACGAUCGGCCCUGGUGAGAACGGUCCCACUUCUGCGGUCUCUGCAUCAGACGCUGUGCAAGUGAUCCAAGCAGCUCAACUAGCCGGCGUAGGCCAUGUUGCAAUAGUGUAUGAUGGUAACCCAGGGAAUGGUUCUACUUACAAUGUGCUCGAUGGUAUCACGUCCUUCUUUAGCAACCUCUUCUCUCAAUCUCAACCACUGAGUCUGUCCGAGUUCUUGCAAAAAAUAAUCGAAACUGACGUUAGCUACACGUUCUUAAAGACAACCCUGACAGAUGAUUAUUCGGAAGAGAGCUCUUACAAUGUUGUGGUGUCAGCUGAAGGAAGCAUUGGUACAAACGACUACAAAGUUGCGAAAUCCCAGAUAGCAUCUUUAGUGGCAGAUGUUUUCUCCAACACAGCAGUGGCAGAAAACAAGGUUGUGGAAGUUUUUACUAGCCCAUCAGCUCCAUCGAAGAGUGUAGACGAGCUUUUCAGUGCUAUUCCUGAGGAUGGAAGAAGGAAGGCGUAUGCAGAAGCCACCGCAAGGGCUAAAGCUGAAGAAGAGGCAGUAUUAGCAGCUGAGAAAGCUCGUGAGGCGGCCAAAGCAGCGAAGAAGCUAGAAGAGGAAGUGAAGAAGCUUUCAGAGCAAGAAGCGAAGGCUGCUAACCUAGCUGAAGAAGCCCAAGAGAAAGCACAGGUAGCAGGGGCAUCAAUGGAAGACCUGCUAAGUAAAGCAAAAGACUUCAGAUCAGGACUAUCUUGGGAAAAAUUCAGUUCCCAAAUAGCCACUGCAGUUCAAAAGGCUCCAAAUGAGGAGAAGCCUAAAGUCCAGAUAGCCACAGUGAGGGGAGAAGCCAAGGCUAGAAAUCUACCGUCACAGAAAGCCAAUGUGAAGCAAGCUCCAAUAUCGUUUUCCCCAUUGCCAAAGCAAAAGGAAGCAUCGAAGCCAAAACCAAAACCAAAGGCAAAAGAGGCAGAGAAAACAGAAGUGAGGAAGGUGUUUGGUGGGCUGUUUCAGCAAGAAACCAUAUAUGUCGAUGAUGACUGAGAGACAAUCCUUUCAAACCAAUAACUUUGUGUCGACUCUUUCGGAUGUUUUCUUUUUCUUUUUUUGGUGCAAAUAUUGUCCUAUUAUUUGUGUAAUAAUUGUUGGGAAGGCUAAUGUUACUUGUUCUUGUCUCCUAAUCUGAAAAAUAAUUUUUCUCA